UGCUUAAAUACAGCGGCGCAGUCCUCAGGAUGGACUUCACUUCUAUUUCCUACACACAAUACAUCCUACAGAAUCAUUGACACCUGCAACUCAUCCGCUAUCGGCGCCUCUCUGCUUCUAUACAAGCUUGACUUCAACCACAACCACCUACCACCAUCAACAUACCUACUAUCAUCAACUUAGUCACCUAUCAAGCUCCUCAUUCAAUCAUGCCUGGUUUCUGGACUUGCUGCACCUGCCUUCACGGCCUUCACCAGAUCGAUCUUCACACAGAGUGCCUGCAGUGCGGCCACCAACGCUGCCCCAGCUGCCCUGUCGACAACCGCGACGCCGAUAUGUCGCUACACAGCUGCCACGAGAUGUCGCCGUACCCCUCAGCUCCAGCACACUCAGUCUGCGCACACUCGCUAGACGCUCCCAGGCACAGACACGUGCCGUCGAUGAUGGACUGCCGAAACCCGAUCCCUCAGCCACUAACAGUCUUCGGUGACGUACGGCGUCCCUGCCUGCAGGAUGUUGCCGGCCAGCGACUUCCAGAGGAUCGGGCGCAGACGCGGGGGAACCUGUACUUCUGCUGCCAGUGUGGCGAUGGGCCAAAACUGUAUCAGAACCAGCCCCGUUGUGUGAUGUGCCAGCACGUUGCCUGCUCCAAUUGCACGCCGGUGAAAUAGAUCUACGACUAUGUUGUGAUGUUGAAGAACUCAAGAGAGGCUAUGCUAUCAGUGUCUCGAGGCCGAAUUAUUAUUAUUUUCUAAUUUUCUGACGUCGUUUUGAGCGUUUCUCAUCAUGAGUUGCAUGAAACAUGAAACAGACAUGACCAGGAGUCACGGGCCGUUUGCAUUUUGCGAUUUUUUCUUUUUUUUCUUUUCGAUUUUAAACUGAUCUUGCAUGAGCGGGUGCAUAUACCACGAUACAUUUUC